GGUCGUACUUUUUUGUGUUGACAUUAUUUACUUCGUCUUUUUUAUAAAACUUAGGAAAAAGAGGGUUUAUUAAUUAAAAUGAGUUUGCCGGCAGCACUUUUACAGCGUCUAAAAAAGCGUGGACUUGUUACGAAACAAUCGGGAACGACGCCCAUAUCAGAAGCUAUAGAAGAGAUUAUAGCCGAAAACUACGACGACGAUGACAAGAGUGGUCCGUAUCCAUACAAGGAGGACCUGGCCCCGGAACCCAAGCGUAGGACCGUCGAGGAGCAGUUCUGGUCGCACCGCAUCAAGGAGCGAAUCGGCGUGAAUGAGUCCUACCAUGGAUACAAGCUGUGCCCCAACAAGUACAACAUCUACCACAAGUGCUCCUUGUACUGCGUGAACAAGUUCAAUAGCUCCCCGCACUCCGGACCAAGCCAUAAGUAUCUGAAGCGCUACAAGAGAUUGCUGCGAAAGUAUCCAAUGGAGGCGGGCUGGAAGGAUAUAUACGACAAGGGCUGCAAGGCAUAUUACUUUUAUAACUCGACAACCCAGAGUGUUUCGUGGCUACCGCCAUCGCACCCAAAAGCUCGGAUCACCAACAGUGCCGCCGUAUUUCGCCGGCAAUUGGCCAAUUCCAAUGAUGAAUUCGAUUUCGACUCCGGCAGCUUGGUCCUGCCCAAAUCUUCUGGCCUAAAUGAACCCAAUGAGCCAGAGAACGCAUUCUUUGUACCCCCCAAGAAGCAAAAAUCAAGGGACUUGGAUCGAAAACUUCAACGAAGGCGGCGAAAUGAUAAUUAGGAUAGCAAACUGUAUACUAUAAUUUUUGCUUUUGCAAAUAAAGAAAUAUAAUAAGUACUAUUAUAA